AUUUUUCAUCAAGCCCCAAAGAGAAGAAAAAAAAAAAAGAAACCGCUCAUUUCUUAUUUUAUAUACUUUUCUAUCCUUUUUCUUUCUUUUUACAUUCCUUUUUUUUUUGAUGCUUUUUGAUGAACCAUAUAACUCUCCUUCUUUAUCUGGUCUUCACUUUAACGAGUAUAACGAUAGUUUUAGGUUACAACGACAACGACAACAGUGAACACUAUACAUCAACUACUAUUAGUAAAGCAGCUAAUGAAAGCUGUAGACGAUGGAAAGUUCAUUGCUGGCAUUCAUCCAAGACCAUCGAGGAUGGAGAAGUAACAGUGAUAAUAAAGAAAUGUACUACUAUAUCCCAGUCUAGAUCUCGGACAAUCACUCAUCAUUACACGUCCUCUCCGACUCCGAUUACAGCAAAGACAACAGGAAAGAGUAUAUCAGAAAGCACAUCCAAAGCAUCUGAUGUAUAUCCUAAACCUACUUCGAGUGGAAGAAAUUCAAUUGUCCAUAGUCCACAUCAUGUUGCUGCGACUCCUACGUCAAUAUCUUCAACUACUACUACUACCACUACUACUACUACUAUUACUACUACUACUACAACUACAGCUACAACUACAACUACUACUGCCACUACCCCUACUACUACAACUGAAGCAACGCCUCUAGCUAUCGCUCCAACCGCAACUGAGGAAAGCGGACAUAGUGGUACUACACAUAGUAGCACUAGCACCGACACUAGUAACAGCAACGACAGUAAUAACAGUAAUAACAGUAAUAACAGCAAUAGUGGUGAUAGUAACAACAAUAACAAUGACGAUAAUAAUAGUAACAGUAGUAACGAUAACAGCAACGACAAUGACGAUGAUGACAACGACAAUGAUGAUAAUAAUAGUUCAAAUAAUGAAAAUGGCGCCAACACCAGCGUGACAGAUCAUAAUCUGACACCCACCGCCCAGACGCAGCCACCGUCUCCAUCUCAGCCCAAUGGGCCCUCUAUUUUCAGCAACAACGAACUUCCAGUAGCCAACAAUGUGAGCAACAAAGCAUUAGGUAUCGGCCUAGGUGUUGGCAUCGGCUGUGUUGCCGCCUUAGGACUAGCAGGCUUGAUCGUUCACAACAAUCGUAAGAGGAAAGAAUUAAUGGAGGAAGAUCAAGGCAUUCCAACACGCUGGAGGCCCCAGAGUUUCAUGGGCGUUGUUGCCUCUGUCGUUUCUAAACUGCCUCGUUCCCCUUCUCAGCGAAGCAAAGCGUCUACUUCUAAUCUGUAA